CGAGGGGGCGGAGCCUGGCGGGCGUGAGCGGGGACGCGCGGCGCGGUUGCCCGGGAGAAAAGGAAGACGCUCCAGUUUCCGGGUCAGGCGCUGCUGCUCCCGCCUUCCUCGGCCUUGGCCAUGGCGAGCGGCAGCGGUGCCGGGGCGGCAGCAGCGGCGAACCUGAAUGCAGUGAGGGAUACCAUGGACGUUCUUCUUGAGAUUUCAAGAAUUUUGAAUACUGGCUUAGAUAUGGAAACCCUGUCUAUUUGUGUACGGCUUUGUGAACAAGGAAUUAACCCAGAAGCCUUAUCAUCGGUUAUUAAAGAACUUCGCAAGGCUACUGAAGCACUCAAGGCUACUGAAAAUAUGACAAGCUGAUUUUCUGGAGAAAUUCUGAUGAGAUUUCAGCUCUUGAAGAUAAUUUGAAGAUUACAGUGUAGUCAAGAAUGUCCAGUUAGAUUACUACAUGAAGCUGUGUAGCAAUUUUUUUCCUUCUUAAAAGAAUUAUAGAACCAUAGCUUUAUAAAUCAUUGGAAAGUUGCUUACAUGAUGAACUAUCAUAUGUGUUCAUAUCACAUCUUAUUAACUUGUUUUAAUGGUCUCUCUGCUUUGGCAUUGCUAUGUUCAUAUUUAUGUAUUCCUUAUUUAUAGCUCUGAUAGCUUUAAUUUUCUAAGCAAUCUGUCUAUCAGAUGUGCACAUCUGCUGUGCCUGUUUGAAGUAUAGUGGAACCCAUCUCUAGUAAUGUGUAGUAGUUACGACUUGUUGACAUUUCCAUUAUAAACUUUAAUUUUGAAUUGUUUAUGCAUAAUAACUGGAUUUAUGUUUUGUCAAGCUGAAAGUUGACAUGAUUUCAGCCACCUCUUGUGAGUUUUGAUUUAGACUCUUUAUGUGUUAGCCAGUCUUGUUUUUAAAAAUCAGAGCAUAGAAGACAUUUCUUGUAAUCUGUAAUUAAACAGAGAAUAUUUAGUUUUAUAAACAGUUGAUAAUAGUGUGAAUCAGAUCAUUUUUGCAUUUUUUGCAUUGAGCAAAGUAUAAAACGUCUAGACACUUAGAUUUUUAGAAGCAAUAUAAGUGUUUAACUUAGUAUUUGCAAUUUGAAUCAUUUAAAAUGAAUGAGAAUAUUAGUUGGAGAUAUUUUUCUUUCCAAGUUUUAUACUCUACAAAGGCCUACAGAAUUAUGUAUUAAAUAAAAAAUAUCCAAUAUGCAAAAUUCCUUUUUACUUUUAUUGUUAGAAAAGUAAUUGGAAUGCUUACCUAAUAAAUCUUGAGUAGUUAUUUAACAAAUCACUACAUAGGUGAUGUGUUUAGCAGUUAUAUGAUAUUUCCUAAAGGAUGGUUUGAAGUCAUUAAAAAAAAUAAUAAAGUGUAUAUCAGGAAUUUUAAGUAUGGUUUUCUAGAAUAAUUUUCUGUGUUGUCAUUUUUACCCUUUAAAUUUUAAUUCAGCAGAGGAUGGUUAAAAAAAAUUUCUAGG